AUGUCUUCAAAGAAGAGCUCCCGGAAAGCUUCCAGUCAAAGUCACCGUUCCACACUCUCGUUCCAGAAGACCGAGAUCAUGAUUAAUGUCUAUGAUCUUCUACCUCCCGGUCGUCUGGCCUCUAUGUUGUGGACCGUUGGCGCGUCCCUCCUACAUUCUGGAAUUGUCAUCAACAAAAGAGAGUACGCAUACGGCGGGCAUGACAAGAGAGGCAUGACAGGCGUAUACUGGACAAAGCCCAAGACAGAGCCACCAGGAGGAACUUUCAAAUGUGAAAUUCUACACGGGUUCACAGUUGCCCCGCAGGACGAAAUAGACACAAUCAUCAAGGAAGCUUCCGAGGCUUUUCAGGGCACGUCGUACAACCUACUUACUAGAAACUGCAAUCACUUCACGGCAUACCUCUGCGAGAAGCUGACUGGACGGCCGGGCCCAAGUUGGCUGAAUCGUGCGGCGAGUAUCGGAGUUGCGUUGCCUUGUGUGGUGCCUAGGGAAUGGAUUGCCCCACCCGACUUUGAUACUGCGGACGGGGAGCUGCUGGACGAAGAUGAGCAUAAUGAUUCCCAUGAAGGCUCUAGGAUGCUGGGGAGCACUGAUACCAGUAAGCGAUGGAGCGUUGACAAUGGAUCCAGGAGCUUUGAUGAAGAAUGGGACUCCGAGCAAGACAGAUUACGAAGUGAAGGUGCCAAAAGCAAGGGGAAAGCUCCAGCGAGAGAUACUUCUGGACGUGUUGUUCCCCCUUCAGAAAGAGCACCCACUACGAGAGGUCCAUAA